AGUCUUCUGAUCUAAUGAUGAGGAUGUGGCAUCCAUUAAUGGCUUGUAUAAAAUUAGGAAAUAACAUGUCUUUUUAAAUUCAUUUACCACUUAUUGCAUGCUGAGGAACACCAACGUACUAGUCCAUUGAGACAUUUAUUAUAGGUUCACUGACAUGUACAUAUCCACGUACAAUGCAGGUCCGUAUCUGCGAUAUCUGGAGAGGGCAUAUGACAAAGGUAGACGACUGCUGAAAGAUCUUGGCUUCCUGGUUUUGAUAGGAAAUCCUGGAUCAGGAAAGACAACUCUUGGUCUGAGACUAAUGUCAUAUUUUAAAAAUGAAAAAAAAAGACAGCCAUUAUACCUGACAAACUAUUCCAAUUUUGAAGACAUUCCUUUGUCAGGUCGUUUUGUUGUGAUGGUUGAUGACAUAUAUGGAAAAUCAAAUCUUGUAACUGAAUUACAAAACAUGUGGCAAAGCAAAUUUGAGACAAUGUAUUCAAAUGUUCAGUCUGGCAAGAUGAAAUUUAUAAUUACAUUUAAAACCAAACUAUUUAAUGAAUGUGCUAAAAGCCUAAAGGAAUUUCCUCUGUUUAGUGAGACUUGGCCAAUUGAUCUGCAUGGCUCAGAUUAUUGUUUAAUCGAAGAGGAAAAAAGAAAGAUGCUUAACAAAUACCUGGAGCAGAUUGAGGAUAAAGAUAAUGAAAUGUGUUGCUUAACAUACGAUGAUAAAAGUACGGUUAUAUCACAAACAUUUACUGAAUUAGGCUUUCCUCAGUGUUGUAAAUAUUUUGUCAGCUCAGCUGAAGCACAAAAAAGAGGAGUUGCAUUUUUCAAAAAGCCUAUAGAAUUUCUCCAAACACAGCUUGACUCAUUAAGAACAACCAAUAGGUAUCAGUAUCUGGUUCUGUUGUUGGUGAUGUUUGGACAGGGAACUCUGAACGCUGACUGCUUAAACCCUUUUAAAAGUGAUGAAUCAGUCAUCACCUUAAUUAAACAGCUAAAAGAUGUCUGUGGAAUCAAUACCGAUGUUUCAGUAGGACAGAUAAAAGAAUCUGCUAAUUCAUUGUGUGGGUUGUACCUGCUCUACAGUGAUGUUUACAAAGUAUAUUGUUUCAUUCACCAGUCAGUGUUUGACACACUGUUUCUACAGUUUUCAUCAGAGUUUCUUGAGAAAGGUAUUGAAAUUUGUCCGGUAAGAAUGUUAUUAGAGUACGUUAUCACACCGGAUGUGCCAGUGAAAGGCGAUAUUGUGGUCAUUGUACAAAGAAAUAAUUACAGGUUUCUUGCUGAACGAUUUACAAAACUGUUAAAAUCAGACUCUGCCAAAGAAAUUCUUUGUCACCAGUCAUUUCAGGAUGAAUUAUUUGUGAUGUAUUUAGUAAAGGAUUUCUGGAAUUCUGUUGUGCCAAUGGAUAUUUUGACUCGAAAAUUUAAUUAUGGAAUUAUUAUCAAUACUUUAUAUGCAGGUGAAUUUGCGUUCAGUAAUGUGAAGUGGACUAGAGGUCAGAUACAUGAAUCAAUAAUACUGUGGGCAUUUCAGACGUCAGUACCAAGUAGAGCUGUCAUGCAGAACUUAAAACUUUUAUUAGACUAUUUCACACCCAGUCUGCAGAGAAUUGAUAUUUCUAAAGAGCAACAGCAGGAGUUACUGUUAAACUCAUGCCUUAUGGGCAACAGAAAGAUGGCUGAAAUGCUGCUCAACUAUGGCACUGUUCCUACACUGACUACAUUGACUGCAGCUGCAGCAUCACCUACCGAUGACGAUGAACUGUUUGAAAAGCUGUUGACUUUUUUACAUGUAAAAAAUGUGGAUGAUCUUGGACCUAAGUUAUUAAUAUCAAUUGAAAAGCGAAAUUUUAAAAUAUCCAGUCUGUUGAUUAACAAAAUGAGUGAAUGGCCGGACUGUUACUUAUUUUUUGAACAAGCUGUCGAAAUGUUGUUGAAUAAAUGUUACAGCCAAUUCUGCAAGUUCCACAGUAAUUCGCAAACUGAAGCAGAGAUUCUAUUUGAAAAGUUGCACAUGUACCUAAACACUAACGACUAUGAUAUUGCAGUUCAACUAGCAGCUUAUCACUGUAGUGCAGGUAUUCUGAAAAAGAUUGUUCACAUGAAAUCAGAGUGUCUGAAGGGAAGUAUAAAGCCUCUUCAUAUUGCGUUGGAACAAGGCUGUGUCGAUUCGGUUGCUUUUUUGAUUGACCAUUAUACAAACAUAGAUAUGCAGGAAGCAUUGAAAAAAGCAUUACAUAACUCUUCUGGUGUGGUUUCUUAUCUGCUGGAGAGAGGAGCUGACGCCAACUUUCUUGAUGCUCAGAACAACUCCCCUUUACAUUUUGCUGUUAAAUUAGAUACGUUUCACAACGUAAAAACAUUACUUGAAAAUGGAGCAAACGUGAAUGUGAAAAAUAACAUGGGAAACACGCUACUUCAUGAUCUACCAUAUAGGCGAGCUGAUGGUGCAGUGAAAUUGUUAAGAUAUUUAAAAGAAUAUGGAUUGGACUGUGAUGUAAACACCUCAAAUGAAAGGGGCAUGACUCCACUUCACAUAGCAGUAGGAUGUUAUAGUAUUGUAGCUGUGAACGAAUUAGUUUCAAAUGGAGCCAGUGUGGAUGUGGAAGAUGCAGAUGGCAAUACUCCACUUCAUAAAGCAGCACAUGAAGCAGCACAUUAUCAUUCAUCUAAAUUGUUGUCUUGUCUAGUGCAAAAUGGAUCUAAAGUAAAUGCUAAAAAUAAACUUGGCAGGACACCAUUAAUGGAAUGCUGCACACCUGGUUAUUCGAUAUUUAGAUUUAUGCAUGAACUGCCAGAGUCCUGUGACUCUUUGAAAGUACUGCUUAAACAUGGAGCAAACCUAAAUGAUACUGAUGAUUGCUUGAAUACAGCACUUCACUAUGCUGUGAAUUAUCUAAUCAAAAAAGGAGCCAAGGUAAAUGCAACAAACAACAAUGGCAGGACGCCACUUCAUUUGGCUGUCAUUCCCGUUAUGUUUGUUUAUAAAAAUGAUUUAAGUGGUUCGAAUAAGGACUGUUUAAAGUUCGUCCAAUUACUACAUGAAAAAGAAGCUGAUCUGAAUGCUACAGAUAUAUUUGGUAACACUGCACUUCACAUUGCUGCAGAAAGUAAUUCGCUUCAAUGUGUACAGUAUCUAACAGAACAGGGACUGGAUGUGAACUUGCAGAACAAAACUGGUAAGACAGGACUUCAUUUAGCAGCAGAAUGUGACUACUCGGAUGUAAUUUCAUAUCUGCUACAGAAGCGAGCUGAUCCUAAUUUGCGGGAUUCAGACGGGAACACACCUCUCACCAUUGCAGAAACAUUUGGUGCAGUAGAGUCCAUGAGAACAUUGACUAUAUAUUCAAUCAAACUGCAGAAGAUGAAUCUUAUGACAUUCCAUUUGACCUCACAGAAAGUGAAUCAACUUCAUGUGGAACCAGUCUAACUGCAAAAGAUGAAUCUUAUGACAUUCUAUUUGACCUCACAGAAAGUGAAUCAACUUCAUGUGGAACCAGUCUAACUGCAGCAGAUGAAUCUUGUCAUAUUUUAUGACCUAACAGAAAGUGGAUCCGAUAUACUUGUGUAUGCUUUUGAUAUGUUUGAAAUUUCUCUACUUCAUAAUGCUGCAUAUAUGUAGAUGUUACUUUGCCCAAUCUUUGUUCUGUCCAGGAGAGUAAGGAAACCAAUGCUAAACUGUUUUCAUAUAAAGGCUCAGCAUAAAUAUUACUUGUUUCCUGUUGCUUAAUGAACCCUAAUUUUAACCUGAUCUGUUUGUGACCAUUGACUGAUAUUAUGUUUACAUUUAUCGGCAAGUGAUUUUUGAUACUGUUCUUUCAUUAGUGGAAGACAAAACUAUAGUUUUUUCUUUGUCACCCGUAGAUGUGUUGUGCAAAAAAAAUGUUUGGUAGAAAAUGAUGUUGUUUUCAUAAACAAAUAUUAUGAUGC